AAACACAAGCGGCUAAGCUCCGGACUUCCUGUUCAAUCCUCGACUGUUGACUGGUAGAAAGGGAUGAGGUUCUCGGAAGAUAGUAAAACAACCCCAUGAAACCGGAAUAAAAGUUCACUCAAAAUGAGUUGGAUUCCCUUCAAGAUUGGACAACCCAAGAAGCAGAUUGUCUCUAAAACUGUUGAAAGAGACUUUGAGCGUGAAUAUGACAAACUCCAAAAGCUUGAGGAUCAGACGAAAAAGCUUCACAAGGACAUGAAGAAAAGCACUGAGGCUGAUUUAGCCAUGUCCAAAGCAGCAGUGAAGAUCUCUGGAGACCUGUUGAAUAACCCACUGUGUGAGCAGGACCAGGCCUUCCUGGAGUCCAUGACUGCUUUAGAUACAGCCAUGAAAAGGAUGGACACCUUCAACCAAGAGAAGGUCAACCAGAUCCAGAAGACUGUUAUCGACCCUCUGAAAAAGUACAGUGGUGUCUUCCCCAGCCUCAACAUGGCAGUGAAGCGUCGAGAACAGGCACUGCAGGACUAUAAACGGCUGCAGUCCAAAGUGGAGAAAUAUGAGGAGAAAGAAAAAACUGGUCCCGUUAUGGUCAAACUACAUCAGGCCAGAGAGGAGCUCCGACCGGUCAGGGAAGACUUUGAGGCCAAAAACAAGCAGCUGCUGGAUGAGAUGCCCAAGUUCUACCACAGCCGCAUUGACUACUUCCAGCCCAGCUUUGAGGCCCUCAUCCGGGCGCAGGUGGUCUAUUUCACAGAAAUGUACAAGAUCUUCAGCGAGCUAACAGACCAGAUCGACCAGGCAGGGUUGACUGAUGAGCAGAGGGAGAGGGAGACCGAGGCCAAGCUCAGCGAGUUGCGUGCUCUGUCCAUUGUCGCCGACGACUGAGGGAGGAAAGCCGAAAACCGGGAAGGGCUCUUUUCAUGCCUCUUUGAAUGGAUUGCACUCUUUUCAGGCUCCUCCGCGCAGUUCAAACGGACAGCAAUGGCCUUAACUCGAUUAUCAGUCUGUUUCCUUGCGGCCACAUCACCCCCCAUUCCUCUUGCACUACACUCCCAUGUUUCAUUCUCUCUACAAAGACUCUCUGCAACUCAGAGCAGCUGAAAUGCCACAUUAACUAAGCCAUCAGCCAAGUGCAACAUUAUAAGCCAAUAUGUUGUUUUUUUUUUUUUUUUUUUUUUUUUUUUUUAAAAGGAAUCAAGCAGGUCUCGUCAGAACUAAUUAACAGGGUUACACUUCUUGGUUUCAGAGAUGUCUAUGCAUUUGUUUCUAAAGUAGGAAAUGAGCAAGGAAACGUUUUUAUUAGUCACAUCUGCUAUGCUAUCAACAGUCUGUGAAACAUAGUUUUUAUCAUCCAAUUUUGAAAUUACAAACACUACAGACUGAACGUUAUGUAAGGUACUGUAGGUUAUCGGCAAGAAAAUACAUUUCUGUAUUUUGGCCUUUUCUUGGUGAUCUUUAAGUUUAUCUCUGUGCCAUGGUGUGUGAGGGCUUCUGAUGGGGAUUUACGGGAUGAUAGUAGUAACAUCACCUGUACAUAAUGUGCCUACACUGUCCUGACAGUGGAUGUAACAUAAAAACUUGUGUGAAGUCAGAUUGUGCCUGUGCAGCGUUGUUGAAACCUCGAGCACUCGGGCUGCAGAGAGAACAAGUCACUGUCCAAAACAAAGGCUGGUGCUCCCUCUAGUGGCCAAUACUGAUCAGGACACUUGGUUUCCUUUUAUUCACACCAUCCAUCCUUUGUUCUAUUGUUGGUGGUUCGGUUCAUCUGUUUACAAAGAACCUCACACAUUGUAGGCACUCUAGAGGAAAUCCUUUCUCUGUACCGUGUACACCAGGAGUGGAAGCCAUUUUUUUUGGCUUUUACUGGUUUUGGACCAAAUCACAGUCAUUGCACUCCUUUGUUUCCACCUUUAUCAGGCACGGCCUCUGUAUGAUGACCACACUCUAGUUAAUGGGGCUAUGAGAUAAUGUGCACACACUGAAUGCUCCCCUAUCACGUUUUUUAAAGUGUCAUACCAAGAAGUUGACUAUUUAUUCUUUGAGAGUCGGUCUCCUGUCUGUGUGUUCUGCAACGUGUAACUGUUAGUUACAUGUAAAAAGUGUAUUAAUGAAGGUGUUUUUCUAAACUUGUAGUAAUGGUUGAUUUUUUUUAACAUAACUAAGUUAAUAAUUUAACAUUAGUGUUGGGUUUUUUUAGGUUUUUGAAUCAAUCUGUUAAAAGACAUGUUUUCUGCUGUCAUCUUAAUGUAUAAUCAAUCAUGAAAUAAAACUCAGAGUAGCAA